ACAAUUAACAUAACAGUUUGUAUCCAUGGAAAUGAUUUAACAAAAUUUCUAGAUAUAUCGAUUCUACCCAUUGUCAUCCACAAUAAUUAGAUCUGAGAUUAUGAAAAAAAGUGUUUAGGAGAGGUGUUUUUCUUGCAAAAUUAUGUCAGACCUUAGGGCCCACCCACCACAGUAAUUAGUAGCCCUUCUACUAAUUAUUCUUUUCCUUUUCUGGCAGAGUUCCAUUUAUCUUGACAGCAGCCAUUAAUUGACGACCAUGUGAAAUAGUUUCAGUUUGCCCCUUCUUCCCCUUCUUCCCUCCUCAUUAUUCUAUCAACAAAAGACCAAUCCAUAUCCAUUCUCAAGCUCUCCUUUUCACUCAAGAUAUCUUUGUCUCUUCUUCUUCUUCCACAAAUCCCAACUUGCUUGAUGUCAUGGGUUCUGUCACUAAAGCUCCUUCCUUUUUGAGUUCCUUAUAUUUAGUUAUUUACUGAAAAAACUGGUUCUGGCUGGUUAUGUCAUGUAAUCAUGUGAAAACGGCUGGUGCCCUUCUGUCACCUAUUUUCUGCGCUCACUCACGGUUUCUCGCUGCACCAAGCUAGAGUUGUCUUCACGAUUAGUCAUUGAAGAACAAACUACUAGCUCCAAACUAGGUCUUUGAAGGCUUAAUAGCGAUAUUAAUGACAAGCACAACUGGAUUUGCGAAUCUUUCUUCCUGGAUUAUAAUAAUGAUUCCAUUGAACCAGCUAAGAUGGUAUGGCAGGCAGUAAACAGGCAAUGGGGUGUUCUUCAUUUUCUUUUCUUUUCCCUCCCAACCACUCUCAUUUACUUCCCACUUGUUUAUUCAUGGAGGAUAAGAGUCAACUCUGCAGUUCUUCCCCAAUCACUGCACCUCAAAGGCCAUUUUGUUGAAUUUCAUUGCUUCUGGCCAUUGAUGAAUGAAUCAAGUUGGCCAUGAACAGAUAAAAGCAUGUUUGACUAAGGAGGAAAGAAAAUGACUGCAAAAACAAAUAUUUCCCUGCUUCAAACUUCAACUGGGAUUGUUAUGAGUGGGAACAAGGUGGGAACCCGAAUUUUUUCUUUAAGGAGAAAAGAAAGGGGACAUCCCAUUCUGGGAGCUGACUUCUUCAACAGGUGGUUGAUGUCCACUACCAUAUGAAUGAGAAAGACAAUAAUAUGCUUGCGGCCGUGCCAACCCAGGAAGCAAGUUCGCAUCUUUCUUAGGAGCACGAUGUCCCUGUAAAAUAAGAUUUUGAUUGAGAGGACCUCUGUUUUUUGGACUCGGGUUUUGGCACCAUGGGAGUAGGAGGAGGAGCUUGUGCUAUUGUCUUUCUGUUCUUCAACCUUUUGCUGCUCUCUCACCAUUCAUUCUCUCAUCCCUUGUGUAUUGAUUCAACGGCUCCUUUGACCUUGAAUGCCUCUCUCAGUUUCUGUAGCUACGAUGGAAGCUCCUGCUGCAACUCUGCACAAGAUUCUCAAUUGGCAAAGCAGUUUCAGGCCAUGAAAAUCUCUAACCCUGGAUGUUCAUCUCUACUCAAAUCAGUCGUUUGCUCUAGAUGCGAUCCAUUUGCAGCAGAAUUGUAUCCAGCGAAACGCCCUGUUCCUGUUCUCUGCAACUCAACCGUUGCAGCAACUUCAUCACAGUCAAACCAAGCAGACACAAACUUCUGUUCCCAGCUGUGGGAUACAUGUCAAAAUGUCUCCAUGCUCAACUCUCCUUUUGCUCCUUCACUAGGAGGCCAAGCUGGAUUACCAAACAACUCCAAUUCUACCAAGCUCACUGACCUCUGGCAGUCCAAAUCCGAUUUCUGCACCGCAUUUGGUGGUGAAUCUGCAGAUGAUUCAGUUUGCUUCGGUGGAGAACCGGUUCAACUCAAUACCACCGGAACAAGUACUCCCCCAGCGCCACCAAAUGGCCUCUGCCUGGAGAAAAUUGGCAACGGUUCAUAUCUGAACAUGGCUGCUCACCCUGACGGGUCGAACCGAGCAUUUUUUGCCAACCAACCCGGUCAGAUUUGGAUGGCUACUAUACCAGACCAAGGGUCCAAGACAACAAUGGGAGUCGAUGAAGCCAGCCCUUUUCUUGAUCUAACCGAUGUGGUCAACUUCGAUACUGAGUUUGGGAUGAUGGGCAUUGCAUUCCAUCCUAACUUUGCACAGAACGGCAGGCUUUUUGCGUCUUUCAACUGUGAUAAGGUCAAGUGGGCGGGCUGUAAUGGGCGGUGCUCGUGUAACUCUGAGGUGAAUUGUGAUCCUUCAAAGCUGGCUCCUGAUAAUGGUGCUCAGCCGUGCCAAUACCAAACUGUUGUUGCAGAAUACAGUGCCAAUGCCACGUCCACCACUCCUUCAUCGGCGACAUCUGCGAAACCGGCUGAAGUGAGAAGGAUAUUCACAAUGGGCCUUCCCUUUAGGUCUCACCAUGGAGGGCAGAUUCUGUUUGGACCUGACGGUUAUCUCUACUUCAUGAUGGGGGAUGGUGGCGGUACAGGGGAUCCUUACAACUUUGCACAGGACAAGAAGUCAUUGCUUGGGAAGAUCAUGAGACUUGAUGUUGAUAACAUCCCAACUGCUCAAGAAAUAGCAAACAACAGCUUUUGGGGAAACUACUCCAUCCCUAGUGACAACCCAUACAAACUAGAUGCUGAUCUGCAACCUGAGAUAUGGGCACUUGGGCUCAGAAAUCCUUGGCGCUGCAGUUUCGAUUCAGCAAGACCCUCCUACUUCCUGUGUGCAGAUGUUGGACAGGAUCAAUAUGAGGAGGUUGACUUGAUCACCAAGGGAGGAAACUAUGGCUGGCGUGUCUUCGAAGGAAACUAUGCUUACAAGCCUCCAGCAACCCCUGGAGGAAACACACUUCCAAGCUCAAUCAACCCAAUCGCCCCAAUAAUGGGAUACAACCACUCUACUCUGAGCAAGAAUGAAGGGUCGGCUUCGAUAACCGGAGGUUACAUCUACCGCUCCCAAACCGAUCCAUGCAUGUCUGGAAGGUACCUGUAUGCAGAUUUGUAUGCCAGUAAUGUGUGGGCAGGAACCGAAACACCUGAAGAUAGUGGGAACUUCACUGCCAAUUCAAUUCCUUUCAGCUGCGCGAAGGACUCUCCUAUCCCAUGUACCACUGUUUCAGGAAGUGACACCCCAUCCUUGGGGUAUAUUUUCUCCUUUGGCCAAGAUAACAACAACGAUGUGUUCCUUCUAGCCAGCAGUGGUGUGUAUAGAGUUGUCCCUCCAAGCCGUUGCAAUUAUGCUUGCUCGAAGGAGAAUGCAACGGCAGCUGCUGGCAGCCCUGCUCCUUCUGCUCCAGGCGCAUCGUCUGCAAGUCAGCUGCAACGCAGUAGCAGAGUUGUAGUCCUCCUGUUGGCUUCCUUGUUAUUUAUGUUCAGUUGUAUCUAAUUUGUCAUAGCAGCUCGUAAGCCCCGGCAUUUUGUUUAUCAGUAUGAGACAUUUUGUGGCUGAGUUUAUUUCUCUGUGAUUGCUGUUCUUUUUUUUUUUUCAAUUGCCUUUUGUGACUAUAAACAGACAUGUAAGAC